AUGGCAAUGUGGAAUGUAAAUACAAUUUCACCAAAUUUCACUGGACAGCAUGUGAACCCUGACCUGGCUGCAGAAAGGCAAAAUCCCUCAUUCAAUGUAGAACGGCUUACCAAUAUACUGGAUGGAGGUGCUGAGUACACCAAGAUCCGGAGGUCAGUUGAUGCCUGGAUCCAGAGUGAUCCAGUAUUUAGCAGAGAAAAUCGGUACUUCCAAACCCAGAAUGAAACCUACGAAGCUGCUGUCAGGAAGUCUUUUCAUCUUGCAAAAAAGAGGAAUGAAAUGAAAUGGACUGAAGAUGGGCCUGAAAUGGCGCACUGCUAUAGAACUCUUAGUCCUGAUUUGGCAUUGAAUGCACACCCAUUCUUUGUGAAGUGCAUUUUAAAUCUGGGCACAGAUGAACAGAUUGCCAAGUGGAUCCCCUUGGCAGAAAAGUGUUACAUCAUAGGAGCCUAUGCCCAAACUGAGUUGGGACAUGGAACAAAUCUUCGAGGGUUGGAGACAACAGCCACUUUUGAUAUUGCCACUCAGGAAUUUAUUCUCAACACACCAACCCUCUCUGCUAUGAAGUGGUGGCCAGCAGACUUGGGGCGAACAUCGACCCAUGCUGCUGUUUUUGCUCAGCUUUACAUAGAAGGAAAGUGUUAUGGCAUGCAUCCAUUCCUAGUGCAGAUCCGCAGCCUCCAAGAUCAUUCUCCAGCACCAGGAGUAACAGUAGGGGAUAUUGGCCCUAAAAUGAACUGCGACAAUGUUGACAAUGGCUUUCUCAUGCUGAAGAAAGUUCGGGUUCCAAGAGAAAACAUGUUGGCCAAAUAUUCUCAGGUUUUGCCAGAUGGUCAGUAUAAGAAACAAGGUGCUGAGAAGAUUACCUAUUUGCCUAUGACUUUGACCCGUGUGGAAGUAAUUCAGCUUGAAAAUGUCCCAACCCUGAUGAAGGCGUGCACCAUUGCUAUCCGAUAUUCUGCAGUGCGCCGACAGUCUGAGUUGAAACCUGGUGACCCAGAAGCAAAGAUUCUUGACUAUCAAACUCAGCAACAGAAGCUUCUACCUCAGCUGGCAACUGCCUACGCCUUUCACUUUGUUAGCAACUAUCUGAAGGAGAUUUUAGAUGGAGGCUAUACAGAAACUAAAGAAGGGAUGUGUGGCUUGGUUCCAGAGCUUCAUGCACUUAUUUCAGGCCUUAAAGCGAUAGCUACAGACUAUACUUCAUCCGGUGUGGAGGUGUGCCGGAAGGCCUGUGGAGGACAUGGAUACUCUCUUCUCAGUGGUUUACCUUCCCUGUACACUAAAGUGGUUUCAUCUUGUACUUAUGAAGGUGAAAACACUGUUCUCCUUUUACAGACAGCCAGGUUUCUGACAAAAUACUUUGGGAUUGCAAAAAAAGGCCAGCCUGUCCCUCCAACAGUUGCCUAUUUAUCUUCCAAACACUUUGGAAAAUGCCAAGCCCAGGAAAAGAAUGAUUUCCUAAAUCCUGAUGUUUACACUGAUGCUUAUCAGCAGCGAGCCUUCAGAAUACUACAAAGUGCAGCAAUCAAAUUCCAGAGUUUGGUUCACUUAGGAAUUGCAGAACAUGAAGCCUGGAACAGGUGCUCUGUCCAGCUCGUCUGGGCUGCUAUGGCUCACAGUCACUACAUUGUGGUGAAACAGUUUGUCAAAGCACUGCAAAGGUAUGAAGAAGAGGUUGCAAUACACAGGAUCCUCAAACAUCUCUGUGACCUUUUUGCACUGCAUGGGAUGUUCUUGAAUAUGGGAGAUUUUAUGCAGGAUGGCUAUCUUUCCUCAAAGCAAACUGCCAUGGUGACUGAAUCCUACUUGGAUCUCCUGUCUGUCAUUAGGAGGGAUGCUGUGCCAUUAGUGGAUGCAUUUGACUUCUCUGAUGGAAAUUUAAAUUCUGCCCUCGGAAGCUAUGACGGCCAUGUCUAUGAGCGCCUUUAUGAGUGGGCCAAGAAGUCCCCAACUAAUCAACAGGAGAACCGGGUCUUUGAAACCCAUUUGAAGCCACUUUUCCAGAAUGCCCUCUCAAAGUUAUGAAAGAUGAGAAUGGAACACAGGCAGUUCCUUUUCCUACUCUCCUCAGAGCAAUAUUAAUUUUUAUCAAGAAUACAAUUCAUAAAAUGUAAGAGUGGAGUGUUUUGUUUGUCCAGUCACACUGCUGAGCAUAGACCAAGCAAGCAGAAGAAUUCCUCUAAACUGUGGGCAAGAAGCCUUGUAUCUUCACCAGACUGAAAGCACAUAAUAAUCUGUGGAAAGCCAAGUCUCCUGGAACUGCCACUUUAGGAUUUCAUCCUGCAAGACUUUUACUAUAGGGAUGGGAACCAUGUGGCCUCAAGAUGGUGUUGAAUAGCGAUUCCCAGCAUUCUUCAUCCUUGGUCUGUGCUGGCUAGGGCUGCUGGAAGUUGCAAUCCAUCAGCAUUUGGAGAAUCUGUGCCAUUCCAAUUCCUGUUUUAAGAUCAGGUAGCCAUCAUACAUAAUCCUCAAUACAAUGGUUCCCAGCCUCUGGUCUUCCAUUUGUUUUGGACUUCAUGCUCCAGAGGCCCCAGCCAACUUGACCAUCAGUCAGAACAUAUGGGAACUGAGUCCAAAAUAUCUAGAGGAAACAGUGCCCUAUAAUACUUAUGGAGAACUUGUUGCCCUCCAGGUGUUGGACUACAACUGCUAUGAUCCCUAGCACUUACCUUGCUGGCUGGGGCUGGUGGGAACUGAGAUUCCACAAUAUCUGGAGGGCUACAAGCUCCCAUCCUUGCUCUGGAUGUGAUGGCACAAUUGUAAUUGGGUUGUUAAAGGGUAAAUAGAAGAUAUUUUCUGGCCUUGAUCCAAGUGCUGAAUGACCAUUUACCAUUUAGCAGUGGGUUUAGUGGGUCUUCUCUGGGAUUAGCAGUACGAUUUAGGCCAUCACUUUCAAUUGAGUUUACUAGCUGCCUUGGAAGGUAGAACACAGAUUAAAUAAACCAAUUUACUGAUUGAACUACUAUCUCUUAAAUUAACCUACCUCAUAGAUUGUUUUAUGGAUAAAGUGAAAUCAAGGAGAAAGGACACAAUUUUUAAAAUGUAAUUUUUUAAAAAGACCCAUUUCAGAAGGCACUCUGAACAAAGAAAGAAGAGACACUGAGUUAAGGUUGUCUCCGUGAAAUGUUAUGAGAGAAUUUAUUUGUUCCAGCAUAGGUGUUCCACUACAUCUGGACACGGUUACUGUAAGGAAUUUCCAUGUAUGAAUAUUUUAAAGAAAAUAAAAGGAGAUACUGUCAUGUACAAUUAAUCUAUAUAAAUUCAAGGAAAAAUAUACUCCUUUAUUUGUCUUUUAUCCACUACUACAAAUAAAAUUAUGU